AAAGACCUUGGCUAGAAAUCAUUUACCAGCCAGGCGGUAUAGCAUAUAUGUUACUGGAUAAAGUCCAGAGUCCGGCUAAUCUUAAAGUCUAGAAUAAUGUUCAUUAUCCAGGCCUCUGUGCUAAAUAUCUGGAAUUGUUUCCCUUUGUGAGAAGUGCAUGGUAUUUGCUUCAUGGGGGGACUCUUGAAGCGGAUUGCGGUCGGGAUUAAGGUAAGGCUUAGCAAAACCUCUCGAAACAAAUCUGACUUCUAAACAUCAACCUUUAUUCCUAAUCUCUUCUUUGAGAUAAAUAAGUAGAAAAGCAUUUUGCCAGACAUUAGCUAUAAGUUAGUGUCACCAACUCUCUCCACACCUGUAUAGGUUCUCACGUUCUGUCUUAUUGGAAAAUACCUGUCAUGGUAACUGAUUAAACCCUUUCUGAGCUACAGCAGUGCGCUUGAGUGUGCUACUCUGUUGCACACAAAAAAGUUAAUGUCAGCUCUUGGACGCCCAGUGCAAUGAUGUCCAGUGCAAUGCUUGAAUCUGAAAAGGGUAGAAAAAAUCCAAAUGCAGUUUGUGACAUAAAAAUAAGAUUUAGACAAAAAUGAAAUAAAUAUUUAGGUCAAUGAGUGCAGUGGCCAUAGUACAUGUUCUUACUAAUUUUCCCUUCUCUUUCAGGGGGUAAAUAUCAAUAUAUAAAGGGGCUUUGUUGUACGCCAGUGUCAGCUGAGCUCAGAGAAAGGAAUGGAUGGGGAGGGGGAACAAGGAGAUAGGGAGGAGAGGGAAGGUUCAUUCAAGUUGCAGAGGGAGAGCAGAGAGGAGAGAGCUAGAGGAUUUGGGAGGAGAGAGAGGUAAGACACACUGUACUGAAUGGGAGGCAGGAGGACAAGGGCUGACAGUGACCCUCUAUAGAAAGAAGGGGGAGUGGGUCUAGCACAUGAUAUAGAGGGGAGGCAAAAAGUCACAAGUGCAUUCAGAAACUAAAAGAAACACAAAAAGGUAAGUGAAAAAAAGGAGGAAUAUUGCACAAGGUAAAAUAGUAAAGGACUGUGUGAUAGGUAACGAUGGAGACAGGGAAGAUGGGGAGGGGGUAGAAAUAAGGGGCACGAAACUAUAAAGUUGAGCAGAGGAAAAUAAGACGUGACAUGGAUGGGAAUUAGGAGAUAGCAGCCUUUCUCCCUCCUCUCUAACACAGCACAGUUUAAAGAUCCCAUGCAUUGACACGAAGUGCAGAGCCAUACACGAAGGAUCACUUGUGAAGCUUUAUGGGGAUCCAGAAGGCUCGUAGUGAAAGACAGCGGACUAUAAGCAGAGUUUUUCUUUCUGCAGUAGACUUACAUACACUUUAUUCUACAUGGCUGCAUCUCAGUUAUGUAUAGAGUGACCAGGACCAAGUUUACAGACUGUCCUUUCAAAGUUUAUUAGCCAAUGACCACCUUCUCAAAACUUAUACAACUUUAGUUGGUAUCGGAUCACAAAUACCAUCACUGCCUGCUACAUAAUGCAGAGUGCUUGUGUAAAUGAGAUAAGUAUACGUUUCUGAGUAAUCAUGAGAACUAGAUUUCUUCCAAUUUGAUGAUUUUGAACUAAAAUUUGAAAUUUAUUUUCAAGUCACACUUCAGUGAAUAGUGUUUAGAUUUUUUUAAAUUCUUUUCUGUUGCUGAAAUGUUUGAUUCUACAGGGCUUCAUGUCAUCAGAAAAACAACAUAUAUAUAUCUAUUUUGCACAUAAAGUACCUCCCCACCCCUCCACCCCCAAAUGCUAAGGUACUAUGAUAGUAUAUGCUAUAAAAAAAAUCCACACUUUUUUUUCUAAGGUUUUAACGUAAACAGGCUUAUUUAAUAAAGGCUGUUUAAGGCUAAAAUAGUCAAACUGUAAAAAAAAAAAAAAAUGUCCAGGUCCGUGUUGUUCCUCGUUUGGUAAUUUAGAAAUUCUCUUUGAAUUCCCGACAAUUGUUAUUUUAGUUAAUCACUUCAUUUGUGAAUUGUUGGAAAUUCAAAAUGAAUUUCAAAUUGUAGACCAAAAUAGUCAAAUUUGAAAAUUAAAUCUCCAAAUGGUCUGUUUUCAGCUCAACUAGUUUGGAGAAAUGUUUGAAAUCCACUUAGUAAAUAAUCCUGUGAAUAUAAUGUUAACCAUUAAUAAUAUAAAUUAAUUGAUCGCCCUUUUAAGACAGCAAUACAUAUUUAGUUCAUACGUGUAUUAUCCACAGGUAGUAAAAUUGGUUUGUAUUUUUUUCUGAAUUAAAUCAAACCAUGAUUGGUGGGUUAAAAAUUAACUAAUCACAAAUUAUGUCUGGCUGUGAUGGGAGUUAGACACUAGCAGGAGAACUAGGCUGUGCAAUUAUGACACAGUGUGACUCCUUUUUUAUUUUUGUAUUCUUAUUUUUUUUUGUUAUGCAUAUGAAAAAACAAAGAUUGCACAAUAUACAAAUAUUCCAAAGAAUAUGUAAAUAAAUAGAAUAUAAACAGUUGUGCAUUGCAAUCAGCACAUUUAAAAAAAUUUUUUAUAAUGAUACAAGCAUAGUGCAUAUGUAAGUAGACUUUGCAAUUAAGUUUGAGUAACAGGUGAGGUCUGCAGAUAGGUAAGUGAGAAGUGAUAGGCCACCAGGUUGUGGCAAAGUAAGUGACACUAGAGUGACAAAGUUAGAUGCUACAUUGACUCCUAUAGCAAAAUUAAAACUAUAACUAAAAUGUCUAUCUUGCAGCUUGGUGCGUUAUAACCAUGAGGAUAGACUUAAAAUGGGUAAUUGAUGUAGCUUCAGCCGAUACCACAGGUAUGCCUCACUUGUGAGCCGAUCUUGCUUCCAGGCACAAGUCUCCGGAUGAUUUUCAUUUUGCUUUCCGGCUCCACAUGGGGAUCUCGAUCUCCCAGCUUAUGGAGAUGAACGUUGCGAGACGUCAUUUUCUCCCCUCUCCAUGCCCAGGUCGGUGUAUGAGCCGGUGCAUUGGUAGGACUGCUGUUCUGCAUGGCUCCCACUCCGCAGGCCGCCCCACAGGGCUGUGGACAGCUGAUGGACAGUACCUCUAUCUUGGCUCCUGGCCUGGAGGAAGGACAGAGCGCUGGAAUGCCGCUGGGGACAUCCCCUGUUGCGGUCGAGGUGGGUGGUAGUUGCUGCUGGCGAGACCCGAUCUGGGACCAAAAGGCUGCACAUAGGGUGGCAUCAAAAGCCGCAGAUUGCAAUUUUCUUUGCCUUUGAGGAUUACCCCCACUGGUCCAGGGGAUGGUAACGGAGCUGCAGAGAGGCUGUAAUGAGCAGUGCUCUUCAGGCCGGGAGAUCGCCCGCCUCUCCCUGUCGUCUGGUGCACUAGACCGUGAGACGAAACCCUGGUGAAAGCUUGUUGGAUCGGAACACUCCACGCAUAAAAUCGGUUCAGGCUGGUAUAGUGUCAGAGGGGCUUCUGCAUCUCAGCCGUAGUUUAGUGUUAGGAGAGCCGCAGCUAUGCUGAGACAUGUCUGGUCUUCUUGAGUGUCAGGCCCCGCCCCCAGAGUAACUCCUUUCUAAUGUUUAAAACAUACUGCCAGAGAUGUUUUAUUCAGGCAGAAAGAAUAAAAUCAGCUUGACACAGUGUACAAUACGAUAAUUGAAGUUGUGUGCGGGGGGCUAAUUGCAACCCUAGCACAAGUGACACUGACAGCCUUUAACUCUGUGCUACCAGUGUCAAUUCUGUGCAUAAAAUAGGUCUGCAGUCAGUGAACACUGCACGCUGCAGACACACGUCAUAAUGUUUUCCUUGCAGGCAGAAGCUCUCGUCUCCCACCUACCUCCAUUCCAGAUCAUUUUUAGUUUUUUUUUUUUUUUAACUUCUCCUCCUCUCCACUCCCUCUGCACAUGCUCUAUGAGAAGUCUAUGAUUGGACCAUGCACGGCCAAUGUGACGUCUGAGGUGACGCGGAAAAUCAGCACCGGGAGCUUCGCCCGGCUCUGGAUUCCAGGUAAGUAAUAUCUUUUAUUUUGCAGGUUUUACUGCAAUUCAAGGGAGGUGACCUUCUCCAUAGGUGGCUUCCUUUGAUGUCCAAGCAGUGCAUGGCUAGACAAAUGACUUCUCUCAGGCACCAGCUGCUGAUUGACUGGGUCCAACUCCGGCACGGACACCAUUAGCGAGUGAGUGUGAGAGAGAUUGUGUCUGUCUCUAUUUUUUACAUAUAGUCAAUACAUUGUUAAACACAGAUCUGCACACCAGUCAAGCCAUAAUACUUGCUUUUCCCACUGAAAUCUCAAAUUUGCAGUGAUGUUACUACUGCAAAGGAUUCAUCAGCAUGAGCCUGGUUACCGGCUUGCUACUGAGGCUUGGCGUUACUUACGAAGCAAAAACCAAGAAACUUUGUAUUUCUUCCUGAGUUGUUUCAAAGCUGUUGUAUACAGCAAACACAGACUCCAAGGAAUCCAUGUUUAAAAUGAAAUAAUGAGGCAAAAAUGUGAUUCUCUGUUGAACUAAUUUGCAUAUGCCCACCCAGAAUCCUUUGCAGUAGUAUCACAGCAAAUUUGAGAUUUCUGUGGGAAAAGCAAGUCUUAUAGCUUGACUGGUGUGCUGGUCUGUUUAACAUUAUAUUCACUAUCUGCUGACUUCGGGUGGAAGGAGUUUUCAAUCACAAUUUUUGUUCCCACCAUAAUUUUCUUGUUUUUUGCCUUCUCCCUCUCUAUAAACCUAGAAUGUGACAUUAAGAACCAUUCGGUCCAUCUACUCUGCCCAAUUUCCUAAAUACUUUCAUUAGUCCCUGACCUUAUCUUAAGUCUAGGAUAGCCUUAUGCCUAUCCCACGCAUGCUUAAACUCCUUCACUGUGUUAAAGUGACACUAUAGUCAACUGAACAACUUCAGCUUAAUGAGUUUGUUCAGGUGAGAACUAUAGCUCCCUGCAGUCUCUCAUGUAAACACUGUAUUUUCUGAGAAAAUAGUGUUUACAUUGAAGGCUAGGAACACCACCAGUUGCAGUCACUCACAGAGAACCAGAGGGACUUCGUUGUUGAUGUAGGCGUAAUAUGCCUCCAUUCACUCAGAUCUGCUGUGCACGAGCAUCCUGUGAUUCAGUAUCUCCUCCCUCUGCAUGCAGCCACUGAACAUUCCUCAUGGAGAUUCAUUGAUUCAAUUAAUCUCUAUGAGGAGAUGCUGAUUGGCCAGGGCUGUGUUUGAAUCAUGCUGGCUCUGCCCCUGAUCUGCCUCCUUGUCAGUCUCAGCCAAUCCUAUGGGGAAGCACUGUGAUUGGAUCAGGCUACCACUUCUGAUGAUGUCAGCAGACUGCUUGAUUUUCUGAGUCUAACAGCAUGCAGUUAGCUUCUGGCUUGAAUACUGUAAGAUUUUUACUAUAUUUAUGGAGGCAUGAGGGGCCCAGGCGGGCUAGAUGGUGGUAUUAAUACUAUAGGGUCAGGAAUACAUGUAGUUGCACUGGUGACUAUAGUGUCCCUUUAACCUCUACCACUUCAGCUGGUAGGCUAUUGCAUGCGUCCACUACCCUCUCUGUAAAGCAAGCAUGUCAAACUCAAAGGAUAAGACGGCCAAAUAAACAAGGUUUGCGUUUGUGUUUUUGUAGAAACGUAGGUUUAUUUAGAAAAGUAUAGUAUUAAAAAAGUUGCCUAACUGACACUGGAUGUCCUCAGGCUCGUAGGGCUUCAAAGUAAACAAAAGAGCGAAUUUAUUUUAAGGAGACGUGCAUUUGCAUAUAACCAACGUUUCAGUCCACCUACCUUGACAUAUUAACAAAUGUUUGGUAAUGGGACGGAAAUUGUGAAUGUAUGCUGUUGCACAGCUGUAAAAAAAACUAAUUACGUUAUCUUGUUUAUUUUGAAGUUCUAGGAGUGUAUCCUUCAUUUUGGCUGAGAUCAUCAAACUUGAUGAUCUCAGCCAAUCCAAUGAUUUCCAAUAGGAAAGAAUUGGGAGGCUAUUGUGCAUGUGUGGCAAAAACUGCGCAGCCAAUCAUCUCCAGGGGGAGCAUUCGGUGCCUCCAUGCAGACCCAAUUUAACACACUGCCCCUCUUCCCAUUCUAAUACACCACCCACAAACCAAUACACUGCCCCUCUUCCGUCUGCUCUAAUUGAAUAGACUGCCCCCACUCCACUUUAAUACACUGCCCUCCCUAGCCCUAAUUUAACACACUCCCUCACCACUCUAAUACACUGGCCCCUCCCUUCCUGAAAUAAAUACACUGCUCCCUCCUUACUUCAAAUAUACUGCCCCCCUUCCCCAAUUUAAUACACUGGCCCCUGACUUCCCCAACUAAUUACAGUGCCCCCCUCCUUCCCAUUAAAACACUGGCCCCCUAAAUCCCCCAAGUUAAUACACAAUUCCCUUCCCUCUCAAAUAAAUACACUGCCCCCUCCCAAACUUAAUACACUGCCCAUCUCCCUCUCAUUAAUACACUGCCCAUCUCCCUCUCAUUAAUACACUGCCCUCCACCACCACCACACUGUCUCCCUCCCCCAAAUAAAUGCACUGUCCUCCUCCCCCAAGCCCCUCUUCUCCUAUCUUACAAUUUUCUGUCCAUGUCCUCCAGUUCCAGCCCUGCUGAACCAGACCAGACGCUCCUCUGGCACUUGCUCUGCCCUCUUGUGGCCGGGAGAGCAAGAAUCAGGAAAUAUUUUUCCUGUCUUGCGGCUGGUCGCAGAGACAGCUGAAAGCGGCCCCAGGGCAGCCGAGCCGCAAAAAUAAGCAUUGUGGGCCGCAUGUUUGACAUGCUUACGCUAGAUCUACACAACGAAUGUGGUUACAUCACGCUAAGAAAUGAUUAACAUAAAAAUAAGUUAAAUGCUGCAGCUGUGCCCAAAAUAGAAAAGUCAUGAGUGUGUGUGUGUGUGUGUGUAUGUAUAUUGGAUGAACUCAGCAUUGCCAUAAAAAGUUAGGAGAGUGUCAUGAUUGGAUAAGUAUCUUCAUACUCUGGGGAGAGCUCAUGGUAUAAACUGCAAACGCGUAUGAGUAUAUAUCAAUUAAUCAUGUAUUUUUUUCCCAAGAGUGUCUCUUCAUAUACGGACACAUUUUUUACAGAAUAAUAAAAUGUAUUGUUUUUGCGUUUAACUCAACCGUAUCUGCAUUUAAAAAACGAAUCGAGUAAACUCAGUCCUAGAACAUCAAUUUAAGCUUUGGCUAUUUUUUUAUUUUCUCACUUUACAAUUCCAGAGUCACUAAACGUCUGGCAGAGGUAUUUGUAAGAAAUAGAAGGGAUAGCACUGACACCCUCUCUCUCAUUUCUUUUUCACAGGAUGGUGUCACAAUACUUUAUCAUCGUUCCGACCCUCGCUGUCCUCCUUACUCAGCUCACAUUGAGCCGCCUCUCGGACUCGCUGCUCGCCCUCUCUGAUGCAGGCCAUACCCUCUACCUUCUCAUUAAUUUCUGUCCCCCUUUUAUUCUUUCUCACUCCUCCAAGUUACCCCACUAUGCUCGUAUCCGCCUUCCUACUCUCUUCUCCUUACUCGCCCCCUUGUUUCUCUCCUCCCUUGGCCUUUCCCUCACUCUAAUGUCACUGGGACGCAUUGUACGUCCUCACUCCCCCCAACGUCCAGUUCUAAUACUAGUAGCGGGAGCGGUAGGCCUGCUCUUUAAUACCAUAUACAUAGUCACAGCAAAUGUGUGGAAAGGUAAGAGUCGGCAUAUAGUGAUUUCCUUUCCCCAUCCCUGUUUUUCUGUGUCUUCCAUGUCUCCUUACUGCCUUGCUUUAUGUGCUUUUGAAGUUUACAGACUCAGUAUACAGUUUGAGUAUUCUUAUGUAUUCUCUCUCAGGAUCAGGUUUCUACAUAGGAAGAAUACAAACACAACAAUCAAGAUGGACGCCAGUCAUGCUCCUGCUGGUCUCAUUAACUCCCUCAUGUUUUCUCCUGGUCAGCGGCAUUUCCUUCUAUCUGUUCAGUCACCCCGUAUUGCACUACAUGGAUGCAGCUCUCUGCCUAGCUUCUAUAAUAAUCAUGCUGAUUUCUGUAUAUUCAAGCAUAAUUCAAAAUGGCUCCAUUUUGCUCCAGUCUGUGCCACCCUCCGUUGACCUAGCAGGCCUCAGACGGGACUUAGACAUUCUGUUCGGUCCUAAAGGUCACCAUGAAUUACAUGUGUGGGCUCUCGCUCAAGGUCACACAGUGGCCACACUCCAUCUGUCCUGCACAGAGCCUGAAGCAUACCAGGAGUACUUAAAACAGGCUACAACCCUUUUUGGACGCCAUAGUGUUCAGGAGGUGACAAUACAACCAGAGUUUGGAGUCCCUGGUCCGUGCAGUAUGUCUUGUGGUCCAUUAUGUGCUAGUCAUUUCUGCUGUGUAACGUGGGAGCAAGAACCCAAGGGGCUAGUCUUGGCAAAUAUCUGUGCGUAAGGGUGGACAAGCUGCCUAUAUCUUGUUAAUCUGCAUUAUUAUGGAUUAACCAUGUUUGAGCAAUUUACUAUUACACCAUAACUUUUGAAGUAUAAAAGAAGAAAGUAUUGACUUUGGGAGAGCACACAGAUGGGUUCAUCAACUGAAAUGGAUUGAUGCAUCAGUUUCUGUUAUUUUAUACUGUCUAAUAAAAUCUAGAAAUGUUCCUAGACUUUAAUGUGUGAUUCAUCAUCUGCCCACAAAUGGAUAACACAUACAACUUAUUUAUUUUAAAAAAGGAAAUAUAUUUUGUGUGUGUAUAUAUA